AUGAAGUUUUUGGCCCCUCAGAGUAGUGUAAUAUAUGAUAAGAGGAGUUUAGAUUUUCAGCAUUCUCUUGAAGUGGAAUAUGAUUUUUGGCUUUCUCUUGAAAUGGAGUGUGCAGUAUUUUAUUUUCAGGCUAAGAUGAACUGGACUUUGAAUAGAAGAUUGAAGCAAGCAGAUGAUGGCAAAACCAAUAACAAGAAAGUCGAAAUCAAGGUCGAGGCAGAGGUAGAGGCCAAAGUUGAAAAUAAAAAUUCCAGUAAAGUUCAGUGUAAAGGUCAUAGUCAAAGUAAAAAUCCUGAUUUAAUAGAGGUAGUAGAUAAAACAAUAAAUGAUGAGGCUUUGAAUGAUAAACAUAAAAGGUCAAUAGUAUCAAGUUCAGAUGAUAAGAAUGAUGGUAACCAAACUGAUGAUUCCAACAAAUCUUCUCAAGUUUCUGCAAAUGAAAAUGAUUCAACCUUAUUACACACAAAUACAAGAUUAGAAAAUGAUAACAAAACUUUCCAAAAAGAAUUAAGUGAAAUUAAAGAUGCUAUUGGGUCAAGUGAUAAAAGUUUAAAAGCAGUAUCAUCAAACAAAAAAGGGCACAGUUGGAUUGAUGUUUAUAUUUCAUAUAUUACUGAAGACUAUACAAAUAUCCAACAAAAGAACAAGUUAAAAAGGCUUCCUUGCAUAUAUUAA